GUGAGCCCUGACCCCUUCCAGGCUCUGGGGACCCAUGGACAGGCUCGGUCCUGCUGCAGGCACGGGUGGCACGGGCAGUGUCCCACCUGGCACCUCCUGUGGCACAUCCCACGGGCACCUCUCGGGCAGGGGGAAUCCUGCCGGGGAUCCGGACGCCUCUGCCCACCCUCCGUGUUCCCCAGGUGAGGAGUGUGAGUCCUGCUGGCCCCGCUCCCCCGAGCUCCUGCCCCACUGGGACCGCCUGCACCGCCGGGGACAAUGGUGGUGGGACACGACCACGGCACCAGGGACCCGUCCCCAGGGAAUGGCAGCAGGGAAGGCUGGGGUGACAGAGCAGAGCAGCCCUGAGGCAGGACACGGCUCCCCGGACCCCUCUGUGGUGCUGCUCCCUCUCAGGCACAGCUUUCUGCCAGAGCUCUCACUCUCCUUCUCCGUGGAGAGCCGCUCCUCCCGGUGCCGCAAUCCCCAGCUCCAGGAAGCUGCCAGGAAGAAGCUGUGGGCUCUGGAGAGCGAUGACAGGGAUGUCUGUGCCCUGUUCAAGGAGCUGUCAGCCAGGCUGGUCUGUAUGCAGGCACACGAGGAUCGCUUCCUCCUCACCUUCAAAACCCUGGAGGAAGUCUGGAAGUUUUCCACGUAUCUGACUUUAGGGUACGUGGGCACCUGCCUGGAGCAGCUGCUCUUUGCCCAGGAGUUCUGGCUGGACUGUGCCCUGGUGGAGGACACAGAGCUCAGGGUCAGCGUGGAUGAAGAGCACCUGGCCACCAUCUACAUGGAUCUGCUCCUCCAGGAAGGGAACUUUUUCUGCAGGGCAGUGCCUGGAGCCUGGAAGUCAGAGCAGGAGGGAGAGGAGAGUCUGCAGCUCUGCAGGAAUGAGCUGAUCCAUGUGAAGAGUGUAGGACAGGAUUCCAAGUGGGAAGGGAUGUCCCUGCUGACGGGACAGCGAGGCGUGGUGCCCGUGACAGCUCUGGAGCCAAUACCUCACCCCUUUUACCAGUGGUUCCUGAAGAAUUAUGCUGUGAGUUUUGGCCUCUCCCAGGAGAUCAGUGGGACGAGCUCUCAGGCCAUUGUCAAAGGCAGGUGCAUCGCCACCGAGGACCACAGAGGAGCAGCGUGGGAUGAGCUGAGCUUCUCCAAAGGAGACCCCAUAGAAAUCAUCGGUUUCUUCAUCCCUGGGCUGCCCUGGUUUGUGGGCAAAUCCCUCAGCACCAGGAGCAUUGGCUUCGUCCCCACCCGACACGUAAAUCCCGAGCCCUGCCAACCUCUGGGAAAGGGCUUUGUGUUUCUGAGUGAAGAGGAGAAGUCCCCAGUGCUGCACAUCCCCUGCAAUGGUGACGAGCAGCACUUUGCCACCCUCCUGGGGGACCUGGCACACACUGACAUCACCUCUGUCUACAGGUUGGCUGGUUUUGAACCCACAGCCGUGUUCCCACAAGUGCCACAGGAGGCUGCUCUCCAUGGCAGUAAAGAAAUCCAAGUGCUCCAGUCUUGGGAGGAAAUCAAUGACUGGGCUACCAGCAGCACCUCAGAGCUGUCCAGCCCAGGCAGUGAAACAGCCGCUGCCACACUGGAAGAUGUUCUCCUGGAGAAGCUGGAUGACUUGGACUACCCCAAAUUCUUCAUUGACCUCAACACUGGACACAUGGAGGAUGCUGAUAUCUUUGAUCCUAUAUUGACCUUCCUCAACCAAGACAGCUUCGUGCCCAGUUUCCAAAGCUUUUAUGAUCUCAGCUUUUCCUUUCUGCAGUCCACUUUUUAUGGCUUCUCUGAUGAGGAUGAACUGGUUCUGUACCUGGAGACUUCCCGGAACUGGGCCAAGAGGACUCGUUCGGUUUGGGCUCACGUCAGGCUCUGUUUCCUCCUGGGCAAGCUCUGCAUCAAAAAGCUCAAGUUGUCCCAGGCUCGGGUGUACUUUGAGGAGGCCAUGAGUGUCCUGGACAGGGGCUUUGGGGACCUGCCCCUGCUGGCAGCGCUGCACGUGAGCCUCGCCUCCGUCUACCUGAAGCAGAACAUGAAGCACAAGUUCUCCUCCCUGCUGGGGAAGACGCUGACCUUGCUCGUGUGCCUUCCUGGCCGCUCCUUCAGCUCAGAGAGCGAGCUGGAGCUCCUGACGUACAUCCUGAGGGAAUCCAUCGCUGUGGGCAACGCUCCGCUGGAGGCCCGCGUCUGCUUCCUCAUUGUCAAGCUCUUCCUGCAGCUGGGCAGAACCGAGGAGGUGCUGCCCUUUCUGGAGCAUCUCCAAUGUCUCAGCACCACCUGGCUCAGCCCAGGCUCCCGUGGGCCACUGGAUGCUGCUGCCACCUUGGGCUACCUCUAUGACAAGAAGUGCCUGCCAAACCUCGCACUGGCCUCUGUCAGGUCCUUUGCUCCCAGCAGCACCAAGGGGACACCGACCCCCAUCUGGAGAGCUGGCUUCAUCCUCCAAAACGCUCCCAAACUCCUGGGGAAGCAGCUGGACAGGAGCAGCAUCCCAGCGCUGGCUUGUCUGUACCUCAAGCAAGCGCUGCAGUUCUGCUGCGAGAGCAGGGCCGUGCCCAUGCAGAGGACGCUCUGCGCCGUGCUGUGCAGGACGUACCUGCAGCACGGGCUGCUGGACGGGGCUGUUUGCUAUUCAGCCAGAGCUGCAGCCCUGGGCAGGCUGCUGGGGGAGGAGGAGGCUUUUGAGUCCUCGCUGUCCUUGGGGUGGAUGCACCUCCUGCAGCAGCGGCCGGGCCCGGCUGGGGACAUCCUGCGGCAGCUGCUGCGCUCCCUGCGCGGCACCGCCAGCGAGACCCAGCCCGGGGCCGUGCACAACCUCCUGGCCAUGGCCCUCGGGGCCCAGGGACACGUUCAGGAGGCUGCAGAGAACUUCCUGAGGGCCCUGCACAAGGCCAAGGAGACGGGGAACAGGAGGAACCAGGCCGUGGCCCUGGCUAACCUGGGCCAGCUGAGCCUCUCGUGUGGGGCCGCCCAGCUGGCCGAGCUCUACCUGCUGUGGUCGGUCCGGCUCUAUGCCGAGCUCCAGGGACACCAAGAGCCGGACCUGGAGCUGGCACAGGUGCUGCUGUGGCUGGCACAGGCCAUGGUGGACAGGCAGAGGAUGGAAGAUGCCAAACUCUGCUAUGAACUGGCGCUGGGGUUUGCCCUGAAGUGGCAGAACCUGAGGAGUCAGCUGCACGUCACGGAGCGUCUGUGCCAUUUCUGCAGCAGAGUGUGCCCCGACCUGCAGGCCUGCAUCGCCUACCACGAGCACUGGGCGUCCCUGGCACGGCAGCUGCAGGACAGGGAGCUGGAGGGCAAUGCCAGGCAGGCCCUCAGCCUGCUCUACCAGGCUUUGGGCACACCUGAGGCUUUGAGACAAUCCCUGGACUGCACCAAGCAGAGCCUGAGGAUCUUCAUCGACCUCGAGGAGGCUGUGAAGGCAGCAGAGGCCUGGCUGCAGGCAGGAAAACUCUAUUAUCUUCUACAGGAGGAUGAGCUGGUGGAAAUGUACUUCCAGGGAGGUGCUGUGCCCUUGGCCAGGAAACUCAAGGCCACCCAGACAGAGCUGCGGCUGUUCAAUAAACUGGCAGAGCUGCAGAUCAGCCUGCAGGGCUACGAGAAGGCUCUGGAGUUUGCCACGCUGGCAGCCAGGCUCAGCCUCAGGGUCGGGGAUCAUCUGCAGGAGCUGGUUGCCUUCCACCGCCUGGCCACAGCCUAUGACUUGCUGCACAUGUACGAGAUGGCCGAGGAUUGCUACCUGAAGACCCUGGCCAUGCGUCCCCCCGUGCUGCAGAGCUCAGCAGAAGCUCUGUACUACUGCAAGGUCUACUGGCACCUGGGCAACCUGGCUCUGCACAAGCUGCAGGAUGAACAGGACGCAGCCUCCUACUUCCUGCUGGCCCUCGCCGCAGCCGCCGAGCUGGGAGACCGGGAGCUGCAAGCCCUGCUCCGUGCCAAGCUGGGUGCCAUCCCUGGAGCCCCAGGGGGACCUGAGGGCACCCCAGGCUGUGCCACGGAGCGGCCCCGGUGGCUGAGCGAAGGUGGCCACGUGGUGUGACCCAUCUGCCACCCUGGGGACACCAGUGGGAGCCGUCAGCAGCAAGGUCCGUGUGCUCUCCAGAACCGGCCCAGGAGAGGUCCUUCACCGCAUCCUGAAGAGCUGGAAGGGUUUGGGCUCCUCAUCCCAAGCACUUGGGAUCCUGCCCUCGUUUUUCAGGAGCAGGGCUGUGCCUGCAGAGGAGGUGGCACAGCCAGGGCAGGAUGAGGGCCCAGCAGCAGGGCUGGAGCUGGUGGUGCAGCAGGGCUGAGCUCCUGGGAGGUUUCACAAGCAGGAUGGGGACUGGGGAGUGCUGCCAUGUGCCUGCUUGUCCCCACACCUUGGAGCAGCUCAGCCCAACCCAAACGUGUUUGAGACAGCAGCUCCUUUAUUUAUGCCUGGUUGUUAUCCUCUCCUGCCCCGCGAGGUCUGUGAUGGAAUCUCUCUCCUGUAAAAAGCACCACCAAAGCUUUUGGCAGUGAGACUCAGAAUUAGGGAAGUGAGGAGGAAUAAAGGGGCUGCUCCAGCCUCAUCUGGGGUCAAAAACCCCCAGCAGAGCCCACCCUCACCCAGCCCUGCCCUCAAGCUCCGGGUCCAGAGCAGGAGCACAGGAGCAGAGCGCCGGAGCGGGGAGCUGCCGGAGUCCCCAUCCCUGUGAUGUGGCAUUUGGGGACACGGUUUAGCGGCGGGGAAUGGUCGGGCUCGAUGAUCUGAGGGAUUUUCCAGCCCGAUGUUCUCCCGGGCACACGGCAGGAAUGUGCAUCUCUGCCACCAGAGAGCAAUAAAUGCCCAUUUUUACAGCGAGAGCGGCUUCCCUGCGAGCCCCGGGCUCGGCUCUCACUCCGGGCUGGAGGACAGGGAAGAAGGAGAGGUUUUCCCGGCUGAUCGCUUUGCUUUGACAACCUGUGGCCAUCUGGGGCUUCACAGGCAGAGCUUGCUCCCAGUUCCUCCACCUCCCUGCCCGUGCUGCCCUGCCUGAGAUUGUUAAAUGCAGAAUAUUUAUUUCCUCCCUGCUCUCUGCAAACGCCGGCUUCAGCUUCCUCUUCCAAUCCCUCCGAGGGCGUUUGUCACCGGGGCAAUGAUUAUUUACCUCUUGUUUACCGAGUUCCUGCCGGGCAGCCUCAGAGCCCAGCCCAGAGGAGGGAAAUCUUCAUCCUGGGUGAAACCCAGCGAGCUCAGGGCUCCCCAAAACCUCCCUGCCCACCCCAGUGCGCUGCCGGAGCUCGCUGCAGGUGCUUGGUGCUCACCACACCAGGGCAGGGUAUUUUCUGUAGAUUUUCAGCCAGUUCCCAUUUUCCUUUUGGUCUAGAUGGUUUUUAAGGACCAUUCCAAUCAUUCCAACCCCUUACCAUCCUCUGGGUCUUUUCACACACGGGGAGAAGCACGAUCCCACAUCUUUGCGCCAGGAGGAAGAUGGACAGCUGGAAAUCAGGCUGUGGAGAGGAGCUGGGAUGGAUCUGGAAGCCCUGAGGGCUUUGUUCAAACACCCAGGCUCAGUGUCUGAGCUGGCCUAACUCAGCCGAGCUCCAGGAGUCCAUCAGAGAUGUUCUGAUUUGCAGGGACUCUGGAACUGCUUUGAAACCAGAUGUGUCCUCCUUAAAUCACAACAAAACAAAUUUGUGGUGUCUGCAGGGGGAAAAAAUCUUCCUCCUUGGGAGCAUCCUAUAAAAUAUCAUUUUCCCUCUCCCUCAUCUGCCUGUUCAGGGUGGCCAGGAUGAGCUCAGGGUGGCCAGGGCUGAUUAAAAUUCAUAAUACAGUGAAUUUUAAAGCUGUUGUUUGUGUCUACCAAGUCCUGGGUUGGUGCCCAAGGAAAAAUGAGGAUAUUCCAUCCCUCCAGCCACCAGUUUUGUGGGCAGAGAAAUUUGGGGACUUUGUGCCAGAGGAGGUCACCAGGUGGUGGCUCAGCUCCUGGAGCUCCUGUCAUCCUCCCCCUGCCCAGGAUGGGGAUGUUGUCCCUCACUCCUGGGGCAUUUUUUGGGACACAGCAGGAGGGGCACAGGCUGUGCUGCUGCUCCAGGAGAAGGCUCCAGGGAGAGCUCCACAGGAAUUCUCCACAGAAAUUCUCCCAGGAAUGUGGGAACACAGGGAUUAUCCUGGAAAAGCUGGAUAAUUAUCCUGGAGGAAUUAUCCUGGAGAAGGCUGCAGGAAGAGAAGCAAGGGAACACAAGAAUUAUCCUGGAGAAGCUGGAUAAUUAUCCUGGAGGAAUUAUCCUGGAGAAGGCUGCAGGAAGAGAAGGUAGGGAACGCAAGAAUUAUCCUGCAGAAGGCAUUGACCACCAGUGUCCUCCAUUUCUGA